AUGGACGACACCAUGUGUCUUGGAGUAGAGGGGGUCAAGAAGACCAUCCUGCAUGGAGGUACCGGAGACAUUCCCAAAUUCAUCACCGGCUCUAAGGUGACCUUCCAUUUCCGCACUAUGCUGUGCGACGAUGACCACACGGUGAUCGAUGACAGUAAGAAGGUGGGGAUGCCGAUGGAGAUCGUGAUCGGGAACAUGUUCAAGAUGGAGAUAUGGGAGACGCUGCUGGCAUCCAUGCGGAUCGGAGAGGUGUCCGAGUUCUGGUGUGACGUCACACACACGGGCAUAUACCCGAUCCUGGCCAAGAGCCUGCGUCGCAUCGCGGAGGGCAAGGACCCUGUGGACUGGCACGUCCACACCUGUGGCAUGGCCAACAUGUUCGCCUACUCCACGCUGGGGUACGACGACCUGGACGAGCUGAUGAAGGAGCCGCAGCCUCUUGACUUUGUACUGGAGAUGAUUAAGGUGACGCAGCCAAGUGAGUAUAACCGCGAGACGUGGGCCAUGAGCGAUGAGGAGCGUGUGAAGGCCGUGCCCAUACUGCACGGCCACGGCAACAAGUUCUACAAGCAGGGGCGCUUCGAGGACGCCGCCAACAAGUACAAGGAGGCCAUCGUCUGCAUCAGGAAUGUACAGACAAAGGAGAAAUCAUGGGACCCCCAAUGGCUGAAGCUGGAGAAGAUGGCUAACACGCUAGUGCUAAACUACUGCCAGUGUCUACUCCGCCAGGAGGAGUACUACGAGGUCAUCGAGCACACCACUGACAUCAUCAACAUGCACCCUGGUGUCAUGAAGGCCUACUACCUGCGAGCCAAGGCCCACGUGGAGGUGUGGAACGAGGCAGAGGCGCGGGAGGACUUUGAGCGCGUGCUGGACCUGGAGCCCGGCAUGAAGAAGAUGGUGACCAGGGACCUGGGGGUGCUCAGCAUGAGGAUGGAGAUGAAGAACGAGGAGGACCGCAAGACAUACAAGGGCAUGUUCAACAGCAGCAGCAGCAGCAGCAGCAGUAAGCACCCUCAGGAAGAGCAGAAGCAGGAGCAGAAGCAGCAGGAGAAAGAAGACACUGCGCAAGAGAAGUGCCCUAACGCUGAGCAGAAGCAGCAGAAGAAAGAAAAGACUGCAUUAGAGAAGUGCCCUGAAGAAGAGCAGAAGCAGAAGCAGAAGGAGCAGCGAGAGAAAGAAGAGGCUGCAUUAGAGAAGUGCCCUCAAGAAGCGCAGAAGCAGACGCAGGAGAAAGAAGACACUGCGUUAGAGAAGUGCCCUCAAGAAGAGCAGAAGCAGCAGGAGAAAGAAGAGACGCAAGACAAAUUGUGUGAUGAGGAAGACAGAGAGUGA